AUGGACGUGGAGGAGGAAUACGACGAGGAGGAUGUGUACAUCGUGGUUGACCUGCCGCCUGCGGUGGACGGUGAAGCCCUGCUGUCGGCAUCGUCCGUUAGCGUCAAGGGCAUUGGGACGAAAACCCCACAGCUCAAGGUUGGCGAAGAGGUGUACGAAGGCAACGCCGAGCCGAUCAUCGGCACCACCAUGGCCUUCACCACCCCAAAGCCGGGCGCGUCAGGUCGAGAGCCGUUAGAACUGGCUUGUUUCAGCAACAUGAAGAUGGCUUUCAGCCAGCCGCCCGCUAGGCGACAAAGGAGGUCCAAGUCAUGACAUCUACAGUAGAGGCGAACCGGUUGCACCGAUGUCGCUGCCGGUGUGAUGAUCCCUCGGCUGCGUCGGGCAUUUAUUUGUCCCGAGAGGUCGGCCUUUCUCCACAGGGGCACCUGUGCUUCGUUUUUCCUCCGCCGCGGGCAGGCGGCUGUGUUUGUCGCGGGUGCCAAUCAGCAAGUUGCAUGUAUUGUGUACAAUAUUGUGUAGAAUGUGGAUGGUUUGGUUGGAAUAUGUGGGGGUGUUUUCGUGUCUUUUUUUUUUGUUUAGUCCGCAUCGAUGGCGCUUUGUUUGCCAGCCUGCCCGUGAAAACACGCCAGUCUUACGUCGGGCAAAUGGGAGUGAGCUUCGUGUGCGUUGGGUGUCUGAUGCGUCUCAUGUUCGUACAGCAGUACAAGUUCUACAGUAGUACUCCCCUUGAGCAUUUACCCUUCG